AUGGGAUCUAUUUGUUCAAGCGAUUAACACGUGGUAUAAGAAAUCCCAACAUCGAUUAGGUAAGCCAAAAAUUGAUAUUUGAAGAGCGGUAGAAAAGAAUGAGCCUUAAUUUAUUAGAAAUGAUAAGUUAAAUGACAGAUAAGAAUACGAAUGUGCAAUUUGGUGCCCAUUUUUAUUUAAGUGGUAGAAGAGAAAACUGUAAAUAAAAUUAACUACAGAUGAUGAAUUUCAUUGUCUUCUGAAUGGAAAAUCUGUAACCCUGUAAAUUAUUAGAAUAAAAUUUGAAAUAGAAAUGAAGUAAGAGAAUUUUAAGCAAGUCCUCAGGUCUUUCGUAAACUAGAAUAGUUGAAAUAUUUUGAAUAUUGGGGAAACGGCAGACAGAAACUUAAAAAGGUGUAAUAGUUUGCUGUUAAUUGGAGAUUACAAAAACUUAUAGAAAUAGGUGGGUGCUACACUGAAAAUGAAUUAAAAGUAGGAUUUUGGAAAGAGUUAAAUUAAAACUAUUGGACGUAAUUAAUGUUCAAUUUUAACAAUUAGCAAAAUUUAAAUUUUUGAAGUUGGAUAGUAUUUCAACAAUCUAAGGGUCGGAAGAUGGGGUUUAAUCAUGAAUGAUUAGAGAAUGUAUAGAAACUACAGUAAUUAUUUAGCGGUGGUGGAUAAUACAAUUAAAGUGGCUAAAAGCAUGGUAAAUGGAGAGAGAUAAAUGAUGAGUCCACAGAGUAAUAAAAAAUCAAUAAUUAGCCAAUUUCUAAUAAUUUAGGAUGGGGAAUACUAAAAUGGUAAAAGAGUAGGGAUAUGGGAGAUAUUGCUUAGGACGCAUGAAUCAAACUAAUUUAAAAAAAUGUAAAUCAUAAAUAUUUUAUUUAACUUUAGUGCAGGUGGGUAGUAUGUAGAUAAUGGGGAAAUAGAUUCGAUAAAAAAUGGAAAGUGGUUUGAACUGGGUGCGGGAUUUUCGUAUUAUUCUUAGUGCAUUCUUGAUGGUUCAUAUAAAAAGGGGAAAAAAAUGGGUUAAUGGAAUCUAAUUUAUGGGAAAAUGUUAAUGUAAUAUUCCAUGAUUAUUUAAUCAUCUUUAGUGGUGGUGGAAAGUACGACGAGGUUAAUGGAUUAUGUGAAAUUAAGAAUGGAAGGUGGAUUGAGUAAAUAGAAGAGUAUAAUUUCGAAAGAGAAAUUAUUUAUGAUGGUGAAUAUAGAAAUAAUCAAAAGAUUGGGAAAUGGGAGAUCUUUUCUAAAUUAGGUGCUAAUGAAACCUUUAAGCUUGUGUAUGCAAUUGUACAGAUAAUUUUAGGGGAGGAGGAACAUAUAACUAUGAAAAAGGAUAAGGAUCGGUUAAGAAUGGAAAAUGGACAGAGUUGAAUGAUAAAUUUAGAAGUGUAUGUUAAAUCACAUAUAAUGGGGAAUAUAGAAAUAAUAAUAAAAUUGGAAGAUGGGAUACAUUUUAUUGUGAUUAUGAAAAAAAUAUAAAAAUGUAAAAUUUCUUAAAUUAUCCAAUCUAGUGGCGGAGGGUCCUAUUGCGAUACAAAUUUUAGCAAGAUUGGAAGUUGGAUAGAAUUAAGUGAGGAUUUUAGGGAUAUUUCAUAAGUAACAUAUUGCGGGAAUUAUCAAAAUAAUAAUAAAGUUGGGAGAUGGGAUAUUUUUUAUAAUAAUUGCUAUGAAAACAUAAAAGAUUAAAUGUAAUUAUUAUGAAGUUAAUCAUAGUGGUGGAGGAUCAUAUUUAGAAGUGAAAGGACUAGACUCAACCAAGAAUGGGAAAUGGAUUGAAAUAAGUCCAAGUUUCAAUUUUUAUAAAUAAGCCAUUGUUUAGGGUGAAUAUAAUAAUGGUUAAAAAAUUGGUUAGUGGGAAAAAUUCUUGAAACUUAAUAACAUCUUUCAAUUGUGGUAUCAUGAUAUAUCUAUCGAAUUUUCUUAGUGGAUGUGCAAAUUUUGAUUUACAAGGCACAAAGAUAUACAAGAGUGAUAAGUAUAUUUUAAUAAACAUAUUUAAAGAAAUUCUCCCUUUAUUUUUUCAGGAGAAUUUAGAAAUAGAAAAAAAGUAGGCAGAUGGGAUACUUUUUAUAGAUAAUAUACAUAGAACCCUUAUUUAUUAAUGUAAAAUUAUUGUCAAUAAAUUUACUAGAGGUGGAGGAGAAUACUAAGAGGUAGAUGAGGAUAAUUCUAGAAAGAUUGGAAUGUGGGCUGAGUUGAAUGAAGGGUUUUAUGGUUAGGCAUAAGUCAUUUAUAAUGGCGAAUACAAAAAUGGAAAUAAAAUAGGCAUAUGGGUCAUAUCAUAUAGGAAGAAUGAAGUAGAAAAAUUCAAAUAGAUGUAAGCACUAAAGAUAUAUAAUUAAGUGGUGGAGGAAUGUAUGUUGAGAUGGAAAAACUAGGGUCAGUUAAAUUUGGAAAUUGGAUUGAUUUGAGUGAAAGAUUUUAUAAUGGAUCGUAAGUAAUUUAUAAAGGUGAUUAUCUUGAUGGCAACAAAAUUGGAAGAUGGAAUUCAUUAUAUAGAAGGGAUGAAUAAGAUAAAUUUGAGAUGAUGUAUUCAAUAAAUAUAUUAAGUUUAGCGGAGGUGGUCAAUAUGAUGUAAUCAAAGAAAUAGGUUCAAUUAAAAUUGGAAGCUGGAUUGAACUUAGUGAUGGAUUUUUUUGCGAGGCACAGUUAAUUUAUAGUGGUGAAUAUGAAAACAACAAUAAAAUUGGUAGAUGGGAUAUAAGCUAUCGGAUGAAUGGGUUGAAAUUUGAAAAGAUGUAAGUAAAAAUUAACGAACUUUAGUGGUGGAGGAUCAUAUUCUCUAGCUUAGGGAUUACAUUCAAUUAAGAUAGGGAAAUGGAUUGAGUUGAGUGAUGGUUUUUUCAGUAAAUCUUAAGUUCUUUUAGAAGGAAACUAUGUUAAUGGUAAUAAGUUUGGCAAAUGGAAUAUUUUGUUCAGGAAAGAAAUUAAAGAGCAAUUUCAUUUAAUGUAAGCAAAUUAAUAUUAACUUUUAGUGGUGGAGGUUCAUUUGAUUUAAUAGAAGAAUUAGGUUCAAUUAAGGAUGGAAAAUGGGUUGAAUUAUCUGAUAACUACGGCAACGGAAUUGGAUUAUCUGAGGUGAUAUAAGUUGGUUAAUAUAGAAAUGGCUAAAAAGUAGGAGUUUGGGUGGGAAAAUGA